UAAACAACGUUGAUUGCAAUUUUAAGCCACACUUUCAACUGCUAAGCUCUGUGUAACGUCCUUGAUAUUAAAGCGCAAUGAUUGGCAUAAUACCCCACGACUACGCCUGACAUCUGUAUCAGCUGGAUGCUGCUGUGGCUUGUGACUUCACCUUGCCUCGAGUGACACAGUCGAAAACAAAGGAAGCGCCCGCGACUCGACUUUGUCGCUUCUACGAAAAACGUUGAAUCAAUCCAUUUGGAGUGGGAUGGGACAGCAAUGUGCAGUGACUGAUUGAACGGGGUCUGUUGUUGUUUGGUAUAUCGUAUGCAAACACAGACCUAAUAACAACAUAAAUGUUUAAGCAUGCGUUAUGCAGGUGCUGGAUCCAAAGCAGGUGUCUAUAAUUACUUAAUUAGCCAGCUGAAGGAGGCAGCAGCAGAACAAACAAAGUGCGACACAAUACCAAAGUCCAACUGGGCUGCUUCCCUCAUGACAAUUUCAUGUUGUGUGCCGAAUAAUGCAGCGACGCCGCCUUCCUCCUCCCCCUCAUUUUGGAGCUUAUAUAAACCCAAACAAAUGCUUCACUUGAUAAGUCGAGAGAAUCGAAGACAGACGAAAAAUGUUUUGGCGGAAGAAGAAGGAGCAACGAGAUGUGUUCACCUUUGAGGAUCUGACGCGAUUUCCGAUGGUCUUCUAUAAAACCAUUGGCGAGGAUCUUUAUUCGGAACGGGAUAAGAAUCUGUUGCGUCGCUAUCUGUUGCGUUUCUAUCUGAUAUUGGGAUUCCUAAAUUUCAAUGCGUAUGUCGUCGGGGAAAUUGCGUAUUUCAUAGUGCACAUCACAUCGACAACAACGCUGCUGGAGGCAACUGCUGUGGCGCCUUGCAUCGGGUUCAGUUUCAUGGCCGAUUUCAAGCAAUUCGGUUUGACGGUGAAUCGCAGGACGUUGGUCAAGCUGCUCGACGAUCUCAAGGAGAUCUUUCCCAUGUCCAAGGAGAAACAGGAGGCGUAUCAUGUGGCCUACUACAACAAGCACAUGAAUCGUGUCAUGUGGCUUUUCACUAUUCUGUGCAUGACUUACACCUCAUCGUUCAGCUUUUAUCCGGCCAUCAAGUCGACCAUCAAAUACUAUUUCAUGGGCUCGGAGAUCUUUGAGCGCAACUACGGCUUUCACAUUUACUUUCCCUACGAUGCCGAAACGGACAUCACAGUCUAUUGGUUCUCGUAUUGGGGAUUGGCCCAUUGUGCCUAUGUCGCUGGUGUCUCCUAUGUCUGCGUCGAUCUGCUGCUCAUCACCACGAUCACCCAGCUGACGAUGCACUUCAACUACAUGGCCGACACUUUGGAGGCCUACGAUGGCGAUGCCCACACCGAGGAGGAGAACGUCAAGUGGGCACAGAAUCUCGUUGUCUAUCAUGCGCGGGCUUUGGACCUCAGCGAGGAGGUGAACAACAUCUUCAGCUUCACCAUUCUUUGGAACUUUAUUGCUGCCUCUUUGGUGAUCUGUUUCGCUGGCUUUCAGAUCACCGCCUCCAAUGUGGAGGACAUUGUGCUCUAUUUCAUCUUCUUUUCGGCCUCGCUUGUGCAAGUUUUUGUGGUCUGCUAUUAUGGCGAUGAAAUGAUCUCGUCGAGUUCGCGGAUUGGACACUCGGCAUUCAACCACAAUUGGCUGCCGUGCAGCUCGAAGUACAAGCAGAUUAUGCGCUAUAUAAUUAUGCGUAGCCAGAAGCCCGCCUCCAUCAGACCGCCCACAUUUCCGCCCAUAUCGUUCAAUACAUUCAUGAAGGUCAUCAGCAUGUCGUAUCAGUUCUUUGCUCUGCUUCGAACUACCUAUUAUGGUUAAUUAUCGAUCAAAAUUCAAUUGCGAAAUGUUUUGUGUUUCAAAAAGGAAGAACUCACGAACACAAGGCUUUAGGUCAUCAUAAUUACCAUUUGCUUAAUUUGUCAAUAAUUUGCAUUGUUUGCCCAAGCCAAAGUUAGUUAAACGUGUUGACUUAAUAAAUAAUUAUAUAUAUUUGGCUUUUAUGCAAUUACUUAGCCAACAAAUACUUGAAUGUGUAAUUAGGAAUUUAUCCUUAUUAAAUAACCAAAAACCUAGAACACAUUUUCACACUUUGCAAUUGCCUCACGGCACGCAUCGCAUGAAACCUCAGAAUUGUUUAACUUAUUGUCAUAUCAGCGUUUAAGGAUUGUGCAACCAUCGUCGAACUUUAAGCCAAAAUCGAAUCGAAACUAUUUGCACAUGCAUUAAACUAUACAAAUGAGUAAAUGUUCAGCACAUACUUAAUAGAAAGUCACCGAAGGGUAUUUCAAGUAUUCGAUAAUUUACCUUUAAGCAAUAAAAAAUAUAUUAUUUUGUUAAAUCGUAAUUUUG